GCGUGCAACACAAUCUUAAAAUAGAUCGCGCCGACGGCGGCGGCAGUGACGGCAGUAACGUGCGUUGUAUUUUCCGCGCGCUGGUGACGAGCGAAGAAUAUGAAUUUUGAGGUUACCACGUCUCUCAGUGGGCUCAGCUGAUCCUUUUCCUGAAUCGUCUGAACGUUGCUCGAGCACGAGCCACUUGCGAUGGCGAGGCUGGACAUUUGGAUGGACCCCGCCUGCGGGGUAAUCGAUGAACCCCAGCUGUCGCUGAUCAAACGAAUUUAUUAUUCAGCAAGGGACGGAAUGGCGAUCGCUCUUUAUACCCUGCUGAACGACAAGUCUGACGCUGAAGUCAAUUAUCUGAUCAACCAGAAAGUGUUAGAAGAUGAUGGACAAAGGUGCACACCUUUAAUAGUUGCCGCGCGUUACGGACAUAUCAAAGUAGUCAGAAUGUUGCUUGACAAGUUUAAACCUGAUUUAGAACAGGAAGGAACGGUGAAAUUCAAUGGAUUCGUUAUCGAAGGAGCUUCUGCGCUUUGGGCUGCAGCAGGAGCAGGACAUUUGUACAUUCUUAAAACUCUUGUGAAAGCAGGAGCAGAUGUUAAUCAUACAACAAAGACUAAUUCUACCCCGCUUCGAGCGGCUUGUUUUAAUGGACGUUUGGACAUUGUUAAAUAUUUGAGCGAUCAUCAAGCAGAUAUAAAUAUUCCCAAUAUGUUUAACAAUACUUGCCUCAUGAUAGCAUCGUACAAAGGACACUUGGAUAUUGUUAAUUUUCUAUUAGACAAAGCGGCAGAUCCGAAUAAGAAAGCAAAUUGUGGGGCAACGGCAUUACAUUUUGCUGCCGAAUGUGGACACAGUGCUAUUGUGUACGAACUGUUGAAGUAUGGAGCGCAAAUGACAAAGAAUGUGAGUGGUAUGACGCCUUUAAUAACGGCUGCCGAACGGACGCGCGAAGAAGUCGUUGAAUAUCUAAUAAAAAGGCCGGAAGUGACAAAAGAAGAAAAAAUAGAUGCUUAUGAGCUACUUGGAGCAUCAUACGCUAAUGAUAAAGAUAAUUAUAAUUUGAAUAUGGCAUACACGUACCUGUGGAAGGCAAUGCGAUUAAGGUAUAGUGAUACUGAAAAUAUUAUACAUAAGCAACUAGGUUCGACUGUGAAAGCAUACGAGAACUGGAAGGAAUGCGAAACAAUAGAAAGUUUAGAGAGUAUCAAAUUUAAUCCCAAUGCUAUACAUAUGGAAUCGCUUGCUAUUCGGGAGAGAAUAUUAGGCCUCCAUAAUCCAGAACUGCCACAUCCUAUAGUAUUCAGGGGUGCUAUAUUUGCGGAUAACGCCAGAUUUGAUAGAUGUAUAGAUCUGUGGCUGCACGCUUUGAAAUUAAGACAACUCAAUGAUAUAUCUAUUGUAACAGACCUCCUUCGAUUUGCACAAGUAUUCUCGCAAAUGAUACACGUGGGCAUUGAUCUAGAUAUUUCUCAGGUGAUAAAUGUUCUGGAUGCAAGCGUAACAGAGUUGAAUAGAAACAAGAUCAAAAUCCAGAAUCCGAAUUCCAAGGAUGACAUCGAUCAAUGUGUUGAAGAGAUGGAAUCCAAUAUUACAACAACUCUAUAUAUUUUAACGAUUCUGACAAAACUGAUGACUCUUAAUGGAAACAGUGAUGAAUCAGAUUUGACACAGGCACAUCAUCUAGUACACAAAUUAUGCGCGUUAAAAGUAUGUUUGAAAGAUGGACAAACUUUACUACAUCUUGCUGUGAAUGCUGAAACUCCUGUCGAUGAUUUUCAUACUAAUGAUGUCUGCAAAUUUCCAUGUGCAGCUACAGCACAAUUAUUGAUUCGUUGCGGUGCUGACAUAAACGCGAUGGAUAACGAAAGAAAUACGCCGCUUCACGUUAUAGUUGGUUACUGUAAAGCAAUUAGCGAUUUUGCGACCUUACAUUCGAUUAUAAUAGAUCUGAUUGAAGCUGGAGCACAUAUGGAUACUGUAAAUAAUAGAGGUGAUACCCCGUACGAUGCGGUUACUACGGGUGUAGCUAAAAUAAUAUUACGUACUCGGACCAAAUUGUCCUUAACGUGUAUAGCAGCCAAAGCAGUUAAGACUUAUGACCUACCGUAUCGUGGUAACGUUCCACGUUCACUUGAAAGCUUUAUAGAACUUCAUGGGCCUGGACUUAAUCAAAGUUGACAAGUCUCUAACACCACAAAAAAUCGAAAUUUUCUUGUAUAAAGCACACUUAAUAUUUUUAUACAA